GGAACUCCAAUUGCACAUUCGAAUUGCUAACCUUUUCAUGUGUUCCAAGGAUCAGAGCGCGAGGAUAGGUCCAUUCCCGGAUAAUAUAAUGCCCUUUAAACGGCCCGUUUCCACGCCUCUAGGUUCCAGGUUCCAGCAUCUUUCACAACCCCUCUUUGAGACCUAGGUGGGAGAGGGGUUUCUUGACCCGUCCCAGCCAGUGGACAGUGAGAGUGAAAGGAAAGGUGGAUGGUCUCCAGACCACACGAUGGAGAAGAUACGGAGAUAGGAGAGGAUGGCAUGGAUGGAGACAAAGAGCCCUCACGGACAAUGCCGUUGUUCAUCAGCACUCAUCUGCCAACACACCCACACACAUCCACACCACAUCCCAUCCCCCUCCGCAGCAACAAACGGGCGGGUGGUGUGGUGCCGAGCAACGCAUUGGAUGCAUCCCAGGCUUUUUGACAUCGGAAAGCGGCUGGUCUUGGCAACUGACCCCGUUCUAGCGUGGGGGGCACAGGCGCAUUCUGCCUCCAUGCCGUGCUGAGGUGCAUAUGCAGCGCAGCACGCAGCAACAAGCAACAAGCACCUAGCAGGGCGCCGUCUUGUUGGAGAAGGAAGGGGUGGGAAGGCCAGCCUGUCACAUUUCCCAUGUCGAGCACGACGCCUCGUGAAGGGGGUGCGAGUGAUGAUGAGGCAUGAUGAGGCCUUGAUUGCCUUGGCGUGGGCUUCAUUCGGCGCCGGAAGUCCGAGUGCGGACCUAACACCAGAGGUUGGAAUUGAGCUGGCUGCAGCUGAAAGAGCCAAGCCGGCGGCUCCUCCGCAACGAGCAAAGAUCCCCAUCUUCCUCAAUAUGGGAAAGCCUCCUGUAGCGGAGGGUGCAUCGGCAGCAUCGACACCACUUGUUGCACCACUAUUGAGCCGUGCACAUCGCAUCUGGGGCAAUGAAACCCCAGAAUCCCGCGUCAGAGUGUUGAUGGGCUUGUCUUUGUGGUAAUUCCUGCCGGGAGGGAGGGGGCGGGUGAGGAGGCUAGCUACAUUGCUCAACAAAAGACUCAAAGAAAGGUAGGAGAUUGGUACAUAUUUGAAGGUACCUCCCCCAGGCCAAACACCACGGCCAGUCGUCGUCUCUCUGUUUACAUUUCCCAACUCUUUGACUCACUCUCACCCUCACCCUCGCGGAUUGCUCCAACAACACUUGGCUGCCCUCCAUCAGCCUCUCCUGGUAUAAUAAGACAACACCUGCCCAACCCAACAAAUCACGGACGUCCCGGAUUCAGCCAACAAAGCCAAAGCCCGUUCCUGGCUGUCCUCCCAUUCCGGACUUGGUGUUCUGUUGCGCAGCGGACGCCAAGAAGGCCACCUCCAUCGUCGGGCUCGGGCGCAGUCACAGAGGCAGGUCGACUUGUCUUCGGAGUGUCACAGAACGAGGCCGACGGUCGAACGUCUUGUCAUCUGCCGUGGCCUCAUCGUGUGCGACGGUCGUAUAUACCCCAGACCACCUCUCAUCAGCGCCUCAUCUCGCAGACCUUGGCAUCGGCAGCUGCGCUCUCUCUCAGCAGUUUGAGCAAAAGGGUGAUUUGAGUCACCCGCGUCACCCCACGACCCUUUGGGAAACGAGCCAGGUUACGUCACUUCGUUUCCACCAGAUACACCCUGCCAAGCACCUGGGCCAAGACGCCUCGCGACCCUAAAUCGUCUUAGCCACUCGACGUCGACAGAAUAUUCUCGGACGACGUCAAAGUCCCACGAGACGGUCCAUCCCAGUCCAUCCCAGUCCGGAUUCUCCAUCUCUUGUCCAUCUCAUCAUAACCUGUAAGUGAUGGCUUGCUCCAGUCAGAUGCUCCGCCGGUGGCGAUCAAAGUCAGAUCUUUGCCGCAAAAUAGAGUUUGUUGCUGCCGGCCUUCUGGGACUUUUGGAGACCCUGCUGGAACCCUGACGGAAGGUCGACCACUGAUCAACACCCGGACGGUCAGCACCGAAUAUUUUAUAGCGCUGCAACCCCACUAAGGGAAUCCCUGCCCCAUGCUGCAGACGCGCCAUCCGGACUCGACUUUUGAUCUCAAAGUCUCCAGUCGUCCUUCUUCCAUGCCACCGCAUUCACUUUGGUCACCACCAUCAUCGUCAUCAUCAUUCACUGGUCUCUCACGCAAAAGAAAACGCGAAGAAGACUCGUUUCCAGUUUCGCAGCCCUCGUCGCUGCGAAAACUGGCGAUGAGCCAUAUGAUCGGAUCGUCGGCCACUGCACCAUCAUCACCCUCGAUCCGCGCCAACGGACAGCGACCCAUUCCAGGCGCUCAUCAGUUUCACGAUGGCUUGCUGCCGCCAGCUGCUGCGUCGUGGUCCAGCGCACUAAAGGACCUCAACGACUUUGAGCUCUCGUCGUCACACCCAACACGCCCUGGCUUCCAGCAGCACUAUGACUCCCCCUACUCACGCAGCAUCCCGUCCACUGCCCCCGGUUCUCCUCGAAUUCCACCCCUUCGACAGAACUCCGGCAGCCACACACCAAGAGUCCGGCCACAUGCCACCACGCUGAAUAUCCCGGGCAUGACCAGGUCCAAGGCGUCCCCCGAUGGCAGAAUUCCCGACCGCGAUGUCGCUGCGAAGCUCGUCAUCAUCAUGGUCGGUCUACCUGCUCGAGGCAAGUCGUACAUCACCAAGAAGAUCCAGCGCUACCUGUCGUGGCAACAACACAAUACCAAGAUUUUCAAUGUUGGAAAUCGUAGGCGCCUUGCGGCAGGGGUGGCCAACUCCGGUAGUGGAUCCCCGACCUCGGCCACUAACAGAGGAGUCGAUGUGCCCACCCAGGCUGCUACCAUCCUUCUGAAUGGCACGAAAGGUCCUGACAUUAUGGUAGAGGAUGAGCCAACCAAGCUGGAUCUCAAUGGGGAGCCCAAGUCGGCUCGCACCAAGAUUGACCAGUCGGCCAAGUUUUUCGAUCCAAAUAACGAGAUUGCAGCCAAGCUGCGUGAACAAGUCGCUCUCGACACCUUGGAUGAGCUCUUGGCCUACCUUCUCCACGGAGGCGGUGCUGUUGGCAUUCUCGAUGCCACAAACAGCACGAUCAAGCGGCGGAAGCUCUUGGUCGACCAUAUCAAAGCUCGGGAGCCAAAGCUCGGCAUUCUCUUCAUCGAAAGCAUCUGCCACGACCAAAAUCUGCUCGAGGCCAACAUGCGCCUGAAGCUUUCCGGGCCAGACUACAAGGACAAGGAUCCUGUCAAGUCUUUGGCUGAUUUCAAGGAAAGAGUCAAAGCUUAUGAAAGUGCUUACGAGCCGCUGGGCAAGUGGGAGGAAGACAUGCAUCUUCAGUACAUCCAGAUGAUUGAUGUUGGGAGAAAACUCGUGCACCACCGACUCAAGGGAUUCCUUAGCGGCGGGAUCGCUUCUUACUUGACGACGUUCAACCUUUCUCCCAGACAAAUCUGGAUCACCCGCCACGGCCAGAGUCAGGAUAACCAACUGCAAAAGCUGGGCGGCAAUUCUGAACUGACCGAGAGGGGUCACUGCUAUGGCCUUGCACUCUAUAACUUCAUGACGUACAAGCGCAAAGAGUGGCUGAUUGAACAGAAGAACAAGAUCGCACAGUCGACCUUCCCACCGCUGCCAGGUGACAACACGCCACCAUAUCCCGAGCUCAACCAAGAGCUCGAGGACAAGAACUUUUGCGUCUGGACUUCGAUGCUGCAACGCAGCGUGCAGACGGCCGAGUACUUCGACGCAGACGAAGAUUACGAUGUGAAAGCUUGGGAGAUGCUCAACGAGCUCAACGCUGGCUCCUUUGAGGGGAUGACUUACGAAGAGAUUGCGCAAAGAUACCCCGAGGAGUACCGGAAACGGUCCCAGGACAAGCUCCAGUACAUCUAUCCUGGAGUGGGAGGCGAGGGUUAUCUCCAGGUUAUCAGCCGUCUCCGGGAUAUGGUUCGGGAGAUUGAGCGCAUUACCGAUCACCUGCUCAUCAUCGGACACCGAUCAGUUUGCAGGGUGCUGAUGGCGUACUUUAUGGAUCUCACUAGGGACGAUAUUGCCGACCUCGAUGUUCCGCUGGGGAUUCUCUACGCUAUUGAACCCAAGCCGUACGGCAUCGAGUUCCACGCCUACAAGUACAACGAGGAGCAGGGCUGGUUCGAUGAGCUUCCCAACUACAAGCCUCGGAAGACGGUGGACAGGAACUCGUGAUGGAGAUUUUGACAUCCCAUCAUGUGUAACAUUAGGCGGCCAACACAGCUGGUUACGUUUGCCGCGCUUUGAUUUUUUUCGCUUUUCGGUUUUCGGCGUCUCGGGUUUCGGGGCGAUACCGUGGUGGCAACAACCACAACUCACUUGAUUUUUGACAUUUAUCAAGGAGGCUACACAGAGGCGUUUAUGGGACAGGGGCAAUGACUUAACGGACUAGGUACAGAUGGGACGAACACGUACACAACGCAAGCACAUGAGACAUCACCGGCACACAAUCAUCAUGGGUUGCUUUCAUCAUGGCGCUCGACCAAGCAACGGCUCCUUUUUUUUUUUUUUUUUUUUUUUUAGACCUGCAUGCGGGGAUGUAGGUUAUGCAUUGUUAUUUUCCUGUCUGUUUUCUUUUCGAAAGUGUGUGUUUUUAUCAUGGCAAGACCAAGCAGAGCCAGCGCAGCGCAUGUAGAAAGAGCUUCAAGGUUGCAAAAAUUUGUAUUUGCAUUCAACGAGAGAAGGGGCCGAAGAAGCAAGCAUAUAUUACCAUUGAUAUCAAGUGCAACCAAAGCUAGACGCAUGUACUCAUGAUAGAACAGGCUGGGGUUGGGUAGCCUGGUGUUUUUGUUGUAGACUUGGGCGCUUGGGGUAGUAGCGUAGUUUGGUUAUAUAUUGACUAUAUCAUGGCGUGUAAGCUUCUUGACUUAGUGGUUUUGUGAGUUGUUUGGUGGUGAAGAUGAAAGGUUGAAAUUGGUCUAAAAAUCUUUAGAAUUGUUUUUUUAGCGCAGUUGUUCUUAGAUGGGUGAGAUGAGGGUGUUUGUUUAUUAUGAUGGUGGAGGUGAAUAAUAGUAAUGUAUGUAUGCAUGAUGGAAUAAAAGAUAGGCGACGAGACAAAAUUGUGAGAAGGAGAGGUUUAUAUACGGAAAAUGCCGCUGCCUUUCGAGGCUUGUAGGUAGCCAUCGAGCAGGAAAAUACAGACACAUGUGGGAAUAUGGAUGAAUGUGAAGUUAUUCUCACACCCAC